AUUAUCACUGUUAUUCAAGUACUAUUGAGUAACAGUGAUGAUAAAGGCUCUUUAGCUGGAAUAUAAUGAUACUACUAAUAAGGAUAUCGAGUGCUUGCUUUGUGUCAAGCGCCGUUCUGGGCACUAAGAGAAGAUCAUCAAGAUGGACAUGGUCCCCGGCCCACGUAGGCCUCGCAGUCUUAAUGUCAAUGUUGAAACCUGUUUUGAUCAAAUUUAAGGAAGGCGAUUUGACUCUUUCAACCUGCUGAGUUAGGGCAUCGAGGAAACUCUACCAGACCGUUUUGAUUUGUGGUCCAGCAAUCGUGUCUUGGGUUUGUCUGGCACACAUUUUAAUGGCCCUUUUUAAGAAAAUCAGAUUGAUCCUUUGAAUUUUCCCGCCCCUUUUGGUCACGUUAAAACGCCCAACUUUGAGUCCCGAACCUUUUCUUUUGUUGAAAAUAUAUAAAGCCCUAGGAUGUUUUGUCAUGUUAAUGUGAAAUAGGCCUGAUGUUUAUUGAAUGUGUCUUCUCUUGUUCCCAUAUGAAAAUUGAAACCAGUUGAUCGUGAAGUGUAAAUGGUCUCUUGUGGGGUGUGAGGGUAUGUGUUUUUUUUAAACCCCAAACAACAAGUGAGAUCAGAUGGAGUGGGAAGUAACCAUCCCCAAUAUGUGGGAAAUGAGUCCAAGUUUUUUUUUUAAUUCUCACAAAUUUACCAUGAAUUAAUUGACUUCAGUUAGGGAUUCCUACCCUAUUCUGUAAAGACAAGAAAGCUCCCUUCCAAAUCCACCAAAGAUAUAAUAGUAUAAAUGUACAAGUUGAAGCAUAUUUCAUCUCUUUUAAUCAGUGUUCCUGAUUGUCGUUUUGUUCAAGCAUUUUAUUUUCUGCCUCUUGUUCCUUCAGUGAUUGAAGUCCUGGAACAUAGUUUCUCUUUAAAAUAGUAAGUUAAAUUGGAGGAAGUCCUGGAAAUCCGAAGAUGUUUCUGCCCAGGAUUCCUUGUUUUGUACCUACAUUUCAAGUGAUUUCAGAAGUUUGCUGAUGAAAGAAAUAAGGGACACUUAUUGAAUCAUGCCAUUUGAAAAGAAGCAUUUUUUUAAUGAUGAAGAGAGAACUACUCUUUUAAAAGAUAUUGGUGCAAAGAAACGAUUUGAUAAUGCUAUGAAAAUUGGAAUAGUUCAUGAUACGUUAAUGUCUGCAUCCCAGCCAACAUUUUUAGAAGAUAGCUUUUCUUAUGAACUGAAAAAUGUGAAAAUUCACUUGCCUAAGGUAAAUAUACCCAAAGCAGUGGCAUUGCAACAUGAAGGUGACAGAUUCAGAAAAUUAUUUCAGAGUAAACCACAAACUGCAAGAAAAUCCCUUAGUAAAGAGAAGGUGAGUGCAAGUUCUUUACGGUGUUUAGAGGGACGGAGCUUGCUGCAUAAAUCUGAAGGGCAGUUUGAAGAAGAGGGGAUGAAAACGGCAGCCAAAAUCCUCAAUUUCAACUGUUCAAAAUGUAGAAACAAUGUUCGAUACAGCCCAAAUGAUUUGCAGAAACAUUUUGAACUGUGGCACCAGGGAGAGUUGCCCUCAUACCCUUGUGAAAUGUGUAGUUUUUCAGCUAAUGAUUUUCAGGCAUUCAAACAACACAGACGCAUCCACCGAAGCACUUUAGUAAAAUGUGAGAUUUGUAAUGAUGAGACUACCUACACUUUACUGGACCUGACGAAACAUUUCACAUCUAAACAUUGUGUGAAAGGUAAUUUUCAAUGUGAAAAAUGUAGGUUUUCUACAAAGGAUGUGGGCACAUUUGUUCAGCACAUUCAUAGGCAUAAUGAAAUCCAGUAUAAAUGUGGUCAGUGUCCUCAAGUAAGUUUUACCAAAGGAGAGUUCCAGCGGCAUCUUCUUGUUCACUCUGGCACAUUUUCCUUCCGUUGUCAGUAUUGCAGCUACAGUGCGAUGCGGAAGGAUCACCUUAUAAAACAUGUUAUAGGUUCGCAUAGAGAUAAUUUAUAUGCAAAAGAGAAACUGGAAAAGGACAACUGUGAAAAAAGAAUCAUGAAGACCCCUUCGGGGCUUAAGCUUAUAUUAAGGAGAUAUAAAAUGGGAACCUCAAGGAAGACACUUUGGAAAAGAAAGAAAAUGAAUAAUGCGAGUGACGGAAGUACUGAAAAAGAUACACAAGUGCUUAAAAGUAUAAAUAAAAUUCAGCGUAAUGCCGAAGAACAAAACCAACUUCUCAAGGAGCUGCAUGUAAGUGAAGAAAAGACCACGUGUAACGAGAAGCAAACUCAGAACUACGCAGAUUCAGAAAUGAGAACCCUGUCAACCACACAAAACAAUAAAACUGAAGAGGAAUCAAGUUCCGGUUUGGGAUCACUGAAGAAUACUGUACAUGGACCAACUGUGCUGAUGGUGAAAAACAAUAAAAUAACUGUCCCCGCAAACUACAGCGCCAAGUUUAUGGGAUUCAAGCUGGUGGACGGAAAGCAACAUAUAGUGAUAAAGUUGUUGCCCACCAGUAAACAUAAUUUGCAUUCAUCAGGUCGACAAUCAGAUGAAGUCAAAGUUAGCACUACUAAUUCUCAGCUCCGUCCUGGUGACACCACUGGUUUAUCGGUCCCAGGUGCUUCCCUGCACGCACAUCAACUGAAUAACACAGUUUGCACUAUGUCUUCUACUCCUCUUUCAUUUUCUGCUCUUCCAUUUUCGGGGAAAGUGGAACCAGGAAAGCAAAAGACUGCUUUAGCUCACUGUAAGAGUAAAUCUCUGACUGGUGCAUAUGAGAGCAAGACUCCUGGAAAAAGUCCACUGCACUUGUCCACAAAACCAGAGUUGGCAACGGCACCUUUGAAUUUAGCCAUGAAAGUUGGACCCAGAGGUAGUGUUGGCCCGUGUGGAAGUUGUACCACUCAAAGUCAUCCUCAGGUGUUGUGUACCACUGUCACAAGCCCAGUCAAUGUGGAGUCUCUGAAAACAAAUUAUCCCGGUGAACUAAAAGCACAAAAUAGUAGAAUGAGUGCUAACUACAACGUGAACUAUCUCAACUAUAUGUCAUCAGUUGACGACUCCAGUCAUCCUCCAGAAUCGUUACCUUUCCAUAAUUACUCCAAAGUGCACAUUUUGGGUAGUCCAUGUUGUAGUCCAGUAGGGGCGCAUGAAAAUCCAAAAGGAGAACCCCUAAUGAGCCAAAUGUUUUCUCAUAGGAGUAACUUCGGGAAUGAACCUAGUCCCUCAUUUCCUGCACUGGCAAAGGGGAGCAAAAAUCCAGGCAGUCUGUUAGAAUCUCCAUCCCAGAGUAGUAGGGCUUACCGCUCACCGGACACUAAGGAUACGUGUGGAUGUUUGAAAAAGGAGCCUUUCCGUGAUGCAGAUAGGCCGUGUUUUGUAGGAAGAGGACAAAGUAAUGGCCAACAGUAUUUGCACACUAAUGAAAAUCAAGAUUUUGAGAGCAUACCUGAGAAGUCCAAAUGGGACCGUACCUCUUUUGUUAAUUCAUCCUCAAUGCCUAAAAUCACAUCCGUUUUCUCUCUGCAGAGCAAGCAGGCAUCUCAUUUUUUGUCACCUGAAGUAAAACAGGUGCUCCAAGAGGUUUUGAAGGUAAAGUCAAGCACUCAUGAAGAAUCUCACAAUAUCUUAGAUAAAGCUUUGAAACUUGAACAGCCAUUUUGGAAACAGGAGGAGGAGAGCAACAUAGUCACACGUGUAAAAGACUCAACUACAUGCUGUUUACCCUUUCCUUCUAGUAAAAUGGGUGUAACUGUACCUCCAAGAGAUCUGAAUGUAAAAGAUAAGCCAACAAAUUCAGUUAUAUACUAUGGGAAAGAAAGGCAAGUACCAUCAACAUCGAACGAUUUUGGAAAUUCAGAGAAAAUAUCAAGAAGUUCUGGCGUUAACACAUUACUUAAGACUCAGGCGGAUACAGUAAUAGCCCAACAGCAUGUAAAUGACAAAAUAUGGGCUACUACGGUAAAUAGACCAGUAAAUUCAGAACCCAAUAAAGCUGUUUUUGUUCAGUCCACUUCAAAAGGAUUUCUCGUACCACUGCACCUUGCUAACAAACCCGGAUUACAUGUUGUUUCAGGAAGAUCUCGAUCAUCAACGAAUCCACCGGACGUUUAUUCAACCUCAGGCCUGCCUGCGUCUCUUCUUCUAAACAAGGGACCCGGAAUGAUUCUAACACUCAGCAAUAAGAUGCUUGGGGCAGCUGCGACUGUCCCAGAUGACAGUGCUCGAGUAUCUGGUGACGCUACAACCAAAGAGCCUAACAAAACACCUUUAAAGGCAGAGAGGAAAAGUGACCAUCUUACGGCGGGGCUCUGUUCCUCUGCCUUCGGUAGUAGUCCUGAUGUUACAGUUAGUUCAGCCAACAGCAUGCCAUUUAAGGGACCUUAUGUUCUUUCUGGGUCUGCGGAAACGGCAGUGAGAGGGAUUGCCUCUCUUAAUGUGUUGCCUGAACAUAGAAGCACAGUGUUGGGUACUUCGGAUUCAGUAGAGCAGCAACGUGAAUUCCAGCAGAAACCGUCGCUUUAUGCACUCGUGCCCGAAGGUCAACCAACUGUUCUUCUAAAAUGUGUGACACCACACAAGCCCAAAGUUCAUAAACCUGAUAUAGUCCAAGAUAAUGCCAGUAGUCCAAGUCCUCAACCAAAGACAUCUGAAGGAAUGCAACAAAAGAUAUUACUGAAAAUAGUUAAGACUCCUCCAGCUGAGGUCCUGGCUGAUCAUCAGUCAGGAAACAAUUCCAGGCCCACUUUGCAAGAAGACAGCCUACAGUCUCAUAAAAUUUCCUCAGCAGAGCAGAAACAGCCUGCGUCUUCUAGUGAUGCCUUACUCUUCUCAGAUAGAUUGGUGCCAGCGAGUCCGUCAGAGGGACCUUGCACUGCGACAGAUGGUAGUAAAAAGUCAGGGUAUCCUACAUACCACAGAGAGGCACAAUUAUUAAGGUGUAAAACUAACUGUACCUGGGAGAGUGGCUUAAAUAAUGAGAAGCCCACAUGGAAUACCAGAAACAAAAGUUCAAAAAUAAGAACUCACUUGAAACCUAAGGAUCCUGAAACGGGGCUUGCGUGUAAAACCCGAAAUGGUCGAAGAAAAACCAAAGGUGAUUUCCAGGAACCACCUAAAAGGAAAGUAACAGUGCGCAGGAAUUGUAAGCGGAAGACUCAAACCGAGGAUGCCCUGGAGUCCCUUGGGUUUUGCAGACCAAAGUUAUCAAAGGAUGCUGUUAGGAUUUUGAAACUUUUUCCUUUUAGUUCUAAGCAACUUGUGAAAUGUCCUCGAAGAAAUCAACCAGUUGUUGUAUUGAACCAUCCCGAUGCGGAUUCUCCGGAAGUAAUCAAUGUCAUGAAAACGAUCACAAAGUAUAAAGGAAAUGUACUCAAGGUUUCACUGUCCAAAAGAACUAUUAAUACUCUCUUGGAACCAGCGAAUUGCAAUGUUCCUAACGCAUCUCUUGAUGAGAUUUCUGCUAAGAGGUACAGAAGGCGUAAAGCGUAUUGUUCUGUGAAAGAAAGAUUUGUGCUAAAGUUAACACUGAAGAAGACGAGCAAAAAUAAAUAUCAGAUUGUGAAAACUACCUCUGAUAAUACUUUGAAGGCUAAGUUUAGCUGUUGGUUUUGUGGUAGAAUAUUUGACAAUCAGGAUAGUUGGGUUGGUCAUGGACAGAGACACCUAAUGGAAGCUACUCGGGAUUGGGAUUUGUUAGGAUAAUUUACGUGGAUUCAUGAAAAAGCAAAACUCAGUUGCUUUUGAAAGAAUUUUAAAUUAUGAUAUGCAGGUGUUUUGUAUUACAACUUAGUAACUGAAGUUAAAAAUUAAAAGCAAAUGGCCAUAUUUUGAUGGGAGAACAAACUUUUCUGUUGGCAGCAAAUUGGAAAGACAUAACAAAAACCAUUCAUGCUUAGGUUUUGAAACUAACUGCAGUUAGAGUACUAUAAAACAACAUGCUUUAUGAUUCGUUUUUACAUUGUUACUAGUAGUGGACUUUCUGUUUUUUCUUACUGAUUAGGGUAUGUGUUCAGGAUUUCUGUAAAUAAUCAGGAAUUUAAUGUACAUAUCUUUGUACCGUUCAGUCAUUUGCUCUACUUCUUGCCCCAAGUUUGUGGGGCCUGAAAAGUUUAUUCUCUCCUUCAUUUUAGUUCUGUACUGCACUACUUAAACCUGGUUACAAAAACUUUCAGAACUACAUAAAGCUGUUUUCACAAUUUUGGUUUUAAUUUCAGUUGCUAGGGUUUGUUUUGUUUUGUAAAUUUAUUUUUCAGGGAUUGAACACUAUUGUUAGCAAGUGCCUAAAAGAUGUGAAACAGUUUACUCGGUCAGCUGUAUCCGUAGGCCCAGGAUGGGCCUUCCCCCCCCAAGAGUUUCAUUUUGAAAGCCAUAUAUGAAUGCUUUAAGCUAUCUCGCUAUGCACAUGACACUUGUACUAUUUCUGUGCAGUUUGUCUACUUUCUUAGUGAAGAAUUUUUCAUAUAAAUAAAACUGUUACAAUUGUGUUUAUUACAUUGAGCCUAAGAAUGGAAUUAAUUGGGAAUAUCCAGUAUAUAUUCAUAAUGUGUAUGGUGUUGAUUAAAAAAAUUAGUAGUCCUAAUUCCUGUAAUGACUUUUGUCAUCAAUAUUAAAUUUAUCUUAACAUUAUGUUUACACGACAUAGUUCUGGUGUACUGUAGUUAAAUUUUGUGGGAGUUUGGGUAGUUCCCUUUUUGAGAUUUAGUUUUUUUGGAAAAAACCUCUAUGGAAGAAUAUUCUGUUUAAAGCGUAGUGUAACUUUCAGAAAGUAAGAUGGAAACUGUAGAUAUGGAGAUUUUAUUUCAGAGGGUGUGAGAAAUAUAUUUUUUCAGAGUUAUUUGUGUUGAUGAAUAUUUAAAAAGGUCUUAAAAUGAAGCGUAAGCCUAAAAAAUUACCGUCUGAUGUGGGCAGAACCUUUCACCAUGUCAUUGUAUAUUAAGUCUUAUUUUUUCUUUAAAAAUUUGGACAUAAUUUUACCGCAAAUUGUAUUUUCACUGCUAUAUAUACUCCCGGACAUAUUAAAAAUGAGACGACUA